AUGUUGAAUACAUUGACUAUCUUGAGACGCGUUAAUCAACGUCCAUUAAUCAGCUUAUUGAAAAGAACUUUUGUCCAAUCAAGAAUCAUUAGAAAUGAAUCAGUGUCGAAAAAACCUAUAUUAACCCAAUUGGAAAUUGCACGCUCCAAAUUUUCCCCAGAAGAAUUAGAAGCGGCACGAUUGGCCAGAGAAGCAGGAUUAGGCUGGAUGAAGAAAUUACCUACUAAAUGGGUCCCAUAUUUGGAAUUAAUGAGAUUGGAAAAACCUGUUGGGACCUGGUUGUUGUUACUUCCUUGCUAUUGGGCAAUCACGAUGGCUUCAUAUUCCAUUGCUGCUCCAUUAUGGGUUACUGCUAAAGCUAUAGGAUUGUUCUCUAUUGGUGCAUUGGUUAUGAGAGGUGCUGGUUGUACCAUCAAUGAUAUCUGGGAUCGAAAUUUAGAUAACCAAGUAGCCAGAACCAUGGAACGACCAAUUACAAGUGGACGUGUCUCUGUUCCCCAAGCUGUUGCCUGGUUAGGAGUGCAAUGUUUUGCUGGUUUAGCUGUUCUUUUAAGUUUGCCAUUUGAAUGUUUCUACUUGGGGGCUUUAUCAUUACCAUUUGUUGCUGCAUACCCGUUGUUUAAAAGAUUCACGUAUUACCCUCAGGCAAUGUUGUCGAUUUGUUUUAGUUGGGGUUGUCUCUUGGGGUUCCCAGCUGUUGGCGCUCCAUUGAAUUUGUGGGUAGCUGUGCCGUUGUUCAUUUCUAAUUGGAUCUGGUGUUUGACAUAUGAUACCAUAUAUGCUCAUCAAGAUAAAAACUUUGAUAAAUUUGCUGGUAUCAAAUCUACCGCCUUGGCAUGGGGAGAUAAAACAAAACCAAUUUUGAAAGGAUUAACAGUAGCUCAAGGUGGAUUUUACGCGGUUGCUGGGAUUAUGAAUUCUAUGGGACCUGGGUUCUACAUUGCUGGCGCCUAUGCUAUUGCAAGAAUUUAUAAUCAAGUGCUCAAAGUUGAUUUAAACAACGAAAAGAGUUGUUGGUCUGCAUUUACUUCAAAUAUUCGUACUGGUUUCAUCUUCUGGUACGGUAUUUUGUUUGAUUAUAUAUUGUUAUUACUUGGAUUUAUUUAG